UUCCAUUUCAUAAAAUAAAUAAAUAAAAAUAAUGAAAAACUAGUAUCUUUCGAGACACUUUUUUCCCCUCAAACUCAAUCCUCAAUCCUUAGCCCCCUCGUCUUCAAUCCAACAAGAUUCUCAGAAUCUAGGGUUUGCUUCUUAUUCCUCUUCUCUUCUUCUUCGUCUUCUUGUUUUCUCUGAAAUGGAAGGAGCGAGCAAUGGAGGGAUGUUGUACCACGAGGUACAAGAGUCGAAGCUGUGCGCGGUGCAUUGCGUGAACACGGUGUUGCAGGGGCCUUUCUUCUCCGAAUUCGAUUUGGCGGCACUCGCCUCCGAUCUCGAUCGCAAGGAGCGGCAGAUGAUGCUCGUUGAGGGCGGGUCCCACGCCGGCGAUUUCCUCUCCGAGGAGUCUCACAACGUCUCCUUGGACGGCGAUUUCAGCAUUCAGGUUCUACAAAAGGCUUUAGAAGUUUGGGAUCUGCAGGUCAUCCCCCUUGAUUCUCCAGUUGCAGAGCCUGCCCAGAUUGAUCCUGAGCUUGAGAAUGCAUUCAUCUGUCAUUUGCAGGAUCAUUGGUUCUGUAUCAGAAAAGUGAGUGGAGAGUGGUAUAAUUUUGACAGUCUGUAUGCAGCCCCACUGCACCUCUCAAAGUUUUACCUUUCAGCCUAUUUGGACACACUAAAAGGCUCUGGUUGGAGCAUUUUCCUGGUGAGAGGAAACUUCCCGAAAGAGUGCCCCAUGUCAUCCUCUGAAGCUUCUAAUGGCUAUGGGCAGUGGCUUUCACCUGAAGAUGCUGAGAGGAUAACUAAAUCCUGCAACUCCACAAAUGCUCAACCUCAGGGAACAAAUUGGAAUCAACAAUCUUCGGCUCCAUUUCUCUCAACAGAAGAAGCAGAAUUGCUUUCAGAAAUGGAAGACGAGGACUUGAAGGCUGCUAUUGCUGCCAGUCUUAUGGAUUCUUCCCCGGCCCCAGCGCCAUCCCCAGCCCCGGCCCCGGCCCCCACGCCAUCCCCAGCCCCAUCCCUAUCCCCAUCCCCAUCCCCAUCUCCAUCCCCGGCCCCAUCCUCUUCCCUAGCCCCAGCGCCAUCCCCGGCCGUAGCUUCCCCAGCCAUAGCCCACGCUGAAGCUGGCAACCUGCAGAAUGAAAGCUCAAACAGCGAAAAGAAAAAUGUUUGAAAAGAAAAGUACAUUCUUUCGUAGAUUUUAUGUUUACUGGCUGAAGACAAUGAUCCAUGUCAGGUGUAGACAGCUGACUUACAUCCCUGGCGCAAGGUUAUUGUACUUUGCAGCAUAUACAUCUCCAUUUAGAUUCCAAAUUUAGACUCACAUUGUAUAAACUUGAAGAAAUAACCUCCCAGCUUUUCAAUUGGAUGAUUACAGUUUUUGCAUUU